UUCUCAAAGAAAAUAAAUAUAAACAUGGAAACUUUUGAGGAAAGCUUUACUUUGGAGUUUAUACAGAAGCAACUCUUUGAAGACUUGAUGAUUCCUGAUGGUUUCAUGGAAGAUUUUGUCUUUGAUGAUGCUGCUUUUGUCUCAGGACUCUUGUCUCUGGAACCCUUUAAUCCAGUUCCUAAACUAGAGCCUAGGUCACCGGUUCUUGAUCAAGAUUCCUAUGUCCGAGAGUUUCCUCAAAUGGAAGCAGAAUCAUCAUCAUCCCCUGAAGUUGAAACUGUCUCAAACUGGAAAAGACCAAAGAGGGUCGAAGAGGCGAGACAUUACAGAGGCGUGAGAAGGAGGCCAUGGGGAAAAUUUGCAGCAGAGAUUCGAGAUCCCGCCAAGAAAGGAUCUAGGGUGUGGCUAGGCACUUUCGAGAGUGAUAUUGAUGCUGCAAGAGCUUAUGACUACGCAGCUUUUAAGCUCAGGGGAAGAAAAGCUGUUCUAAACUUUCCUUUGGAUGCUGGUAAGUAUGAUGCUCCGACCAGUUCAUGUCGGAAGAGGAGAAGAAACGAUGUACCGGAGCCUCCAGGACCAAGUACGAGUAAUUCAUCAUCGUCAUCAAAUUAA